GGUGUUUGCGAGAGCCACUUGGAGGCACCAAUCAGAAGUGACGAGCCGUAGCAUCUGGAGAAGUGCAACGAAUUUGCGAACUUCUGGCUUUUCAAGGUUGCAGAGGACUUCUUUGCGAAGACGCACGUACGUACUAGCGACAGGAAGUCGACCUGACUACUCAGAAGCUUACUUGAAGUUAUGGCUCCGGGGAAAUACGUUAUGCUGUACGUGCUAGUCAUGGCGAGUUCAGGGGUCCAGGGUGGCAGUGGACCGGAUCAACUGACCCGAGAGGGCGGAGAUCUCAACACAGAAUGGACACUCAUCACCGAGUACCUCAACUCUGGCAUCGAGGAAAGUUCAGAGAAGUGCUACAUUUUGCAGGAUCUGAAUGCACGAUAUAUGAACCUCAGUGAACAGUUUAAUGACACGUAUGACUAUGAUACCGGUAUACAGUCAAUACAAGUGACCGAGAAUUACUUGGAAAUGUUAGAAGAAAUUUAUGAAAGUUUUGAACACCUGAACAGAUCUCUAAACGUGCAUAAACCAAGUGCCUCAUUGAUUCCUACUUUGACUAACAAGUUUCCUUGCAAAAACCACAGUCAAAAUUUAUUGAUGAAAGCGCGAGAAAGCCUCUUUUACCAAAAGAUUAUUUUAGCGAAGUUAGAAAUAACCGUAUAUUUUCGUGACUACAUAGAUCCUCCAGUGUAUAUUGUCAUUUUGGUAACGGGUCUUACAUGUAACAUAAUACUGUUACUCAUGUUUGCGCAGAAAAAAGAAAUACGGACAGCACCAAAUAUAAUGAUUUUCAACAUUGUGAUUGCAGAUGUACUGAAUCUUACGUUUAAUUUACCACUGCAGUAUUUCGGUUUCUACUACCCUUCGUACGUGAGACUAAGUGAACCAGUGUGUGUACUGUUCGUCACUCUGCGAUGUAUGUUCACAUCUGCAAGCGCGUUGUCCGUCGUCGCUCUGAGUGCCCAAAGGUUCUGUGCCACUCUUCCGGCGUUCCACAAUCUAAAGGCUCGAAGUCGCUCAUCCUCCCUCAUAAUAACCAUAGUCUACAUCCUUCUCGUUUGGGCUGCAGCAUCAAGCAUCGUGCUACCAGACACACUGCGCGAGAAAGUCUGUGAUGAUAAUCCUGCCGAGAAGAGUGGCCGAAAGUCGGCCAAAGUGGUGUCUCUUCACGAGUUCGUCGUCUACUGUUUUGCACUUCCCGGCAUAAUGUUUAUUUUCACGUUUCUCACGGCAAGAAGACUGAAGCAGAGCGCCAAAGAGAUUCCGGGCGAUGUAAGGCAUAAGACACAUGAAAAAGCUCGUAACAGAGGAGCGAAGGUCGUGACUGCCCUUUGCGUGGUCUUUACUAUCAGCUACGUCCCUUUCUUCAUGUGGGGGCGAAUUGCCACCACUCUUGGAUUGGAUAGGUUGGAGCUGUCAUACAGGGUGCUUGACAACUUAACUUAUUAUCUCCUGUUUUCAAACCCAUGCUUCAAUCCAUUAGCACUGUAUGUGACGAGCCAUACGUUCAGAAGAUUGUUCAACGGUUAUCUUUUUGGAUGGUGCCUCAAACGUGGGAAGCAGCAGCGCACAGACUCUCAGAUUUCUCUCGACAAUACAACGACCCAGUCGUCGCGACAGCAAGAAUCAGACGUAUGAUCGAACUUUGGGCAGAAAUAUGCAUAAUCAAAAUGCUUCACAACUUAUCGGAAGAAGUUCGUUUGAAUGAGGCGGCAUACAGUAUCAGGCAUCCAUUUCUUUAAAUUGCUACCACCGAGAUAAGUUCACGGAUGGAGUAAAGUGCAUGAAAUACCAACUCCAAUUGCCUCUGUUUGGGAAACUUCUCGCUAUUUUCGAAAUCUAUUUGGAUGUUCACAAUGUCUCGUGCAGUGAGCUGGCAUUCCAAGGGAACCUGGUAGCGGUAUAAGUGAGGAUUAAUGCCAAAGAAGUCAGUUGUACUGCGAUCUCUCCAGUCGACUUCUCCGAAACCGACACUUUAAUGCUCAGUGAGAGCUAAGCUUUGAGCAGAAAGUGACAGUAGGCCAUUAACAUCUGCCCAUCGUGUAUCGCACUGCCUGUUAGGAGGCCUCUGAAGUAGUAGCAUAUUAUUCUAAAAUAACUCGUCAAAGGUCUGUGAAUCCAACUUGAGACAGAUUUUACUUUUACACGGGACUCCGCCUGUAUAGUGCAUUAAUAUUUUGGUUUACAUAAGGAUAUGGGUUCAUCGUACGGCAAUAUCUUAUCAUGUGUAAUCCAAAGAAAUUGGAAGAUUAAGAUACUUUACCUCAAAAGCAGUGAAAUUAGUUUCAGGCUAUUACAUCAUGACGGCGUUAGUUUAUCGAAAACAGUAACGCUAAGGAGUGUAAUUUCAGCAGGUUUCGACAAUUCUUCAUCCAGAUAUGUGAAGAGUAAGUGAGGAAGACUUGUGAUGCGAACUCCUGUGAUAAAUCAUGGGCAUCAAUAUGCCUUAGGCAUUGUUAUCGAGUUACAAACGAAUUUUUCAGUCAGUUCCAUUUAACAACGUGUAUCAACACGCUAUAGCUCUGAUUUAUUGUGACACUGCUAUUACAGAAUACUGUUUUGUCGAGGCCUCCAUUUGAAUUCAGAAUAAAAUAAGACUGAGUUUAAUUAAUAACAAAUGUACACUUGCAGAAAUCAAAUAAGAAAAAAUGCCCAAUCGCCUUACAUGAACGUGUGCAGGGUUUCUACUUCAAAAUCAGGCAUGUUUCAUUCAAGGCAAAUGCAUUUUGCCAUACAAAUCAUUUCACACAAUACAUGGAAACUUCCCACGCUCCAACAUUCUAUUUUCAAGACCUAAUUACUUUUGAGAUGGGAAUGUUGGUUUUCUGGGUUGUAACACCAUGUGGACUUUCAGGGAGGUACAAAUAUUUCGGAGAAACGUACUGUCUCCAUCUUCAGGGGUGAAGAUGGAGAUAGUAUGCAUAUCCGAAACGCUGGAAUCUACUUACAAGUCCAAAAGUUUCUGCAACCUAGAAGACCAGCUUCGACAUCCUCGGAUCCGUGAGAACCUUCAAUUUCAUAUUAACGAUGCCUUUUUCAUACGACAAAAGAAAAUAUAAUCACAAAUAGGUCUUCAUAAUUACAAGACCAUACCGAUGAGAAGUGCAGAAGGUAAAGCUGUCCCCGGUGUCUCACUAAGCAUCAUGUCAUAGGCGUAUAAGAGUGUGGACGUAUGACUCCAAACAUUCGUAACCUCGGCACUAGACGGGGGUGAGUGGUCAGCUUCGUGUACCGGUCGCUUUAACCCAAGGUAGUACCCUAUUUUAAGGGUUUUGUAAACGAUUCAAACAAAAGUAAUUCAGAAGGACGGGACCAUCAAAGAUAUAAAUAACCUCCUAAACCGACCCAGAACCUGCAAAACCUCCAUCAAUAUAAGUAUCUUUUGAAGCUAGCAACAUAAUAAUUAAGAAAGAAACAACGACGAGCAAAAGUAAUUUUACAAUUUGUUAUACUUGACAUUCCUGACACUUGUCUACCACAUCGAGGUGUUUAAUCAAAAUAUUCGGAUUACGCACGGUAGGCUGCUCGUAUAACGAGGCCUAGAAGCCAACGUUCGACAGACCCGCUUGUCGUUGCUUUCCCUCAAUAUGGAAGCUACUUGAAUUAGAAGUUGUUAUAUGAAGCCGACUGUCUUCAUCUAGAAGUUGUUAAAUAUUCAUUAAAUAAAUUGUAACUGUAAUUUUACUCAAGUGCUUUGCUGGUAUGUAUGUACUACCAGCCUAUAAGGAAAUACGAAAACUAAUAUUGUAAGAAUAUUUGUAUAAUGACAGUGCAUGAAGAAUGUUUUCUAAGAAGAAUCUGAGUUUGCCGAAUACUAUUUAUAUGCAAACUACUUUCAUGCUUUUAACAUAUUUAUUUUUUGUAGUUAUAAUGAUGUUUAUCUAGUUUAAUUAUGUUUUUAUGUGAAAGACGUUAUCUGUAAGAAGGACAUCAGUAAGGAAUUAUAUAUUAUACUGUAUUACUGAAUACAGUGUAUUUUUCAACUUUAAGUAGAACAAGAAAAUAAAUGGUUCAAGAGUUGUAA